GAAAAGAGAAAAUUCAUUUUCAAUUGAUUUUCUUGCUGGAAGAAGAUCUUAAUAAACAUGCAGCCAAAUCAAUACAGAAAUCAACCUUCUUCUUUGUCCAUCACACUUUCCGGACCUAAUGGAUAACCUGUGGCGUGAAAGACAAGCCAGGACUUUGGAGAAUCUAAAGAGGUUGUACAAAGAAGAAUCCUCCAAACUACUGAAAUAUCAUAGUAAUGUAAAAACGGAGUUCUGUUCCCUACAGGAGAUUGUAAAAAGUACUAACAGCAGAGUUAAUUGCCAAUAGGUUGCAGGGGUUCUGGAGCUCCAAAAAUGCUAUCUAAUUUCAAAAGCAGAGCAAGGACGCACAAAACAAGUGUAAACAAGCUUUGCACCUGUAUUAAUGUAAAAGCAAUGAAUUCUACAUUUUCAUGUGGUGUUUUAAUAAUUAUUUUUACCUGUGUAAUUACUGCACAACAACAGUUGUGGCUGCAGUCUGCAGCAACAGACUGCAGCCCACAUCUUCAGCUUACUCCGACAUUUUUAACUAAAUUAUCCACAAGUUUAAUAACAAGCUAGUGUUUCUUGCAAUAUGCUUGUGUCCAGAACCACCUCACAGAUUCUCUGCGACUGAAGGUCUGUGAAACCGCCCCAACUGAUUACCUGUUUACCUGAAAACCGCCAUCGUUUCAGACUCUUAUUUUUCGCCGCUGCUCCUGGAGGAGCCACUGACGUCAGGGGCCUGGCUGAACCUGUUUCCAUGUUCUCUUCCUCCUCUCACACUCCCACAGUUUUCUGCUCUGUUUUGUCUCUCUUUCACGGGUGUGAAUGAGAUUUGGUGAAUAUUCCCCUGCAGUCAACAGAUGGCACACCAACACAGUUUUUCUUUUUUAGGAGGGCUCACAUUGCAGCAUUUUGACCUUGAUAAUAGUCUUGCCACUUGCAAAUUAGUAUAUCCCGUAUCUGAUUUGUUCAUGUGUGCUCUCUGGUUUUAAUUUCCUUUCAGAGUGGAAGAGAGUUCACUUCUCCCUUCAGAGCCACACUUGCCAAGAUUUUUGUCCUCUCGUCAUGUUCAGUACAUACAGUUGAUUGCGGAGAGAGGUGAAUGUCAGUGAUCAAUAGCACUGAGUGCAGCCCUUUCUGUCUCUGCCGUCUCAGAGUGCAGAGUGAGCAUCAGCUGUAGUCAAUACCUUAAUGGUGGUUUCUACUCUCACCGAGCCUGCCAUCUUCGCCUCGGAGACCAGCUGCGACUGUCGAGCGCCUCACGAGAAGCUCAGCAUCACGCAGGCCCGCAGAGGCACCCCAGUGGACCGGCCGGUCAGAGUCUAUGCAGAUGGCAUCUUUGACCUGUUCCACUCGGGCCACGCUCGUGCGCUUAUGCAGGCCAAGAACUUGUUUCCUAACACCUAUCUCAUAGUAGGAGUGUGCAGCGAUGAGCUGACCCACAAGUACAAGGGUUUCACAGUCAUGACGGAACACGAACGCUAUGAAGCCCUGAGGCAUUGCCGCUACGUGGACGAAGUCCUGAGAGACGCACCGUGGACUCUCACACCGGAGUUCCUUGAGAAACACAAGAUCGAUUUUGUGGCUCACGAUGACAUCCCGUACUCCUCAGCAGGAUCUGAGGACGUUUACAAACACAUCAAAGAAGCAGGGAUGUUUGUGCCCACGCAACGGACGGAGGGGAUCUCCACCUCUGACAUAAUUACUAGAAUUGUCAGAGACUAUGAUGUCUACGCCCGACGCAACCUGCAGCGGGGCUACACGGCUAAAGAGCUCAACGUCAGCUACAUCAACGAGAAGAAGUAUCGGCUACAGAACCAGGUAGAUCGCAUGAAGGAAAAGGUUCGAAAUGUCGAAGAAAAGAGCAAACAUUUUGUUUACCGUGUGGAGGAGAAGAGUCACGAUCUCAUCCAGAAAUGGGAAGAAAAAUCUAGAGAAUUCAUUGGCAACUUCUUAGAACUUUUUGGACCUGAUGGGACAUGGAAACAAGUGUUUCAGGAGCGCAGUGGUCGGAUGCUGUCCUACGCUCUGUCACCCAGAGAAUCGCCCUGCAACAGCCCCCCGCGUGAACUGUCCCCGCUGCGCUCCCCGUCCCCUCCGUCGCCCCCUGCCCGCUGGUACAACGCCCGGCCCUCGCCCCCCACCUCCCCCAAAGGCGCAUCGGCCUCGAUAAGCAGCAUGAGUGAAGGCGACGAAGACGAGAAGUAGAUGGAUUCAGAUAGAAACGUUUCACUUCAUGGUACACUGCCUGGGAACACCUCACCAAAAAAACAAACAAAAACAAACAACAAAAAAACAAAUCAACAACAAAAAACACUUUUCUUCAAACAGCGGCUGGACACAGAACCAGGUUUCCUCAAAGACGUUGCAGAUUUGCAAUGCUGACAUUGAUCAGGGGAACUGUGGUCCGGACCUGUGGAGCUAAUAAAAAAAGCCAUCAUUCUCUGGAGAGCCAAGCAGGAAAAAAAAGGGUGAGAUGCGAAGACCAGGAUGUGGAUUUAUUCGAUGUAUUUAAUGUCUCCAUUUUCUACAAGGACAAGAAUCCUGUCUGUGACAGACUGGCGACCUGUCCAGGGUGACCCCCCCUCUCGCCCAGAACGUUAGCUGGAGAUAGGCACCAGCACCCCUCCUGACCCCACUAGGGACCAGGGUGUUAGAAAAUAGAUGGAUGGAUAGACAAGAAUCCUGUGCAAUAUCUGUGAAGAGGACUUGCUUUGGAUUGUCCGGGACUAAUACAGACUUUCAACCAGCCUGCUUAUAAUAUCACUGGAUUGUUUCUUGUCCUGCUUUUUGUCCUUACUUUGUAAGAUGCCAUCCUUCCAUAAGUUUCACUCUAGAAUCCCCCAAACGUAGAGCUUACAAUAGCAGAAAGGUUACAAUGGGCAACACAAAACACGCCACUAAUGCUAGUUUGAACCAUUUUUAUUUGUGAUGGCCCCCCCCCCAAAAGUUCAAGCUUUACUAAUAAGAUCCUUUUGCCUUUUUAAAGCACUUUUCAAGAGAAUUAUUAUUCAAAUCAAAAUUCUGCAUUCACGAAUUUGAUGACACCACUGGUAAAGAUGAAUCAAAAGUCCUAAAAUAAAGUCACCUUAUAUGCAAAAGCUUAAAUUCCUAAUCAAAAAAGCUGAAUAACCCAACCUCUAAUUUGACUGUAUUUCUUCAGUGAAAGCGCAAACAAAAAUAUUGUUGUUUUCAACAGAACAAUGUCUGGCACAGUAUCUCUUUGCACAAUCUUCGUAUCCAGAGUCCUGGGUACUCCGUGACGUUCUUAUGGAACUCCGCUCCAAUGGUUUCCUGUGGGUUUUACAUCCAGGCACUGAAAUGGAAUUUGUGUCUGGGGAACCAUUUCUGUAUUGAUUUGGCUGUUUAUUUUGGAUUGUCCUCCAGUGAGCGUGAUGUUUUUCAAUGUAUUUGGCCUAUCCUGCCAAGAGGCUUUGUUACAGAGAAGAUCAAUGUUACUUUUGUUGUACCUGAUAGCAAGACAAAUGUCCUCAUCCUAGUGGCUAGGAGAAAUAGGCUUGUGUCUCAUGUCAUAUUUAUGCCUAAAGGAAACAAAAACUCACAGAAACUCACAGAAACUUCUUUUUAAAAAAGUGUUGCAUAAAUUAAAAAAAAAUCUGCCUUGGUUGCUAUUAUUUUAAAGAAAUUGUUGGCAAUACCACAAACUGUGCCUCUGGGUGUUUUGUUAAAAACAAUGUCUAAACAGAGUCUUUAAAUAUGACAUCACGCUGCUACAGUAAAUUAUUUUACUUUGAGGCUUUUUAAACAUCUUUACUAGGGGUGCCAACCAGCUUGUCUGCAUCUGUAUAAUUUAUUGCACCGUGCAUUCUUUUAGUCUUUGGAUAUGAUGAUGUCAGUUGUCCAUAGAAAAACUCAGAUGAUACUUGAAUUGUGUAAAAAAAAAAAA